UGUUACUGCAGGUCAAGAUUUGUGAAAGUUCCUAAAGGACAGCCGGACGGGAAGUCGACAGAGGGAAGCCUUUUAAAGCUGUCCCGAUGACCUUCGGUUUCAAUUUAUUAUCCUUUCCCCUUCUCUUCAUCAGCUGGCCAGUUGCUCUUAACCCUAAGUCACUAUCAAAUAAACAUGCAUAACUCUACAAGCGACCACGACGAGCUCGACGAUGUAUUUAAUCGAGAGACUUUUUCGCCGGCGGAACAUGCACGCGAAAUUGAACGACGAGACCAGCAGAGCCUAGAAUAUAUGGCUAAUGAAUCAAUCUACGACCGCAUCGCAUUCUUCCGAGUCCCUUUCACUGUGAAGAACACACGAAAAUUAGUUAUGACUCUGGGGGUCUUUGCAGCGUUCAGCGGUAUGCUGAGCGGCCUGGACCAGUCGGUGAUAUCGGGUGCUCUGCCUGGGAUCCGGCGGCAAUUUGUCAGAUUGGGCGAAUGGGAGAGCUUGGACGACCCAAGGAUGAAGAAUGAUAUCUCCCUGGUCUCAUCGCUGAUGCCGUUAGGAGCCAUGGCCGGUGCAUUGAUGAUGAUGCCGCUCAACUUCUAUAUCGGCCGCCGCAACUCGAUCAUCGUCUCGUGCUUGUGGUAUUCUUUAGGAGCUGGUCUCUGUGCUGGGGCUCGAAAUAUAGGAAUGCUGUUUGCCGGCCGCUUUAUCCUUGGAAUUGGCGUUGGCGUUGAAGGUGGUUGUGUCGGUAUCUAUAUUUCUGAAUGUGUUCCACCAGAGCUUCGUGGCAACUUGGUAUCGAUCUACCAGCUGAUGAUCGCUUUCGGUGAGGUGGUUGGUUAUGCGGUAGGCGCGAUUUUCUUUGAUGUUCCGGGCAGCUGGCGGUUUAUGCUUGGUUCAUCUAUUGUGUUCUCGUCCAUUUUGUGGGCUGGAAUGUGCUUCCUACCCGAGUCACCGCGUUGGCUCGUGUCCAAGGGUAAGACUGGACGUGCUUGGGAAGUAUGGAAGUCGCUGCGCGACGUAUCCAACCCUAAGAACCUGGAAGAGUUCCUAAUCAUGGAGGUCACGGUCCAGAAUGAGAUCGAACGCUCCGCUGCUAGUGUGUGGUACCGGCGCUAUCUAGAGGUCUGCGUAUAUCCUCGCAACCGCCGUGCCCUUGUCUACGCGUCGAUGAUGAUUUUCUUCGGCCAAAUGACUGGUAUCAACGCAGUGAUGUACAACAUGUCCAACUUGAUGGCCAAGAUGAACUUCACAGAACGCGAAUCUGUCCUCAUGUCGAUGGUUGGUGGCGGCGCAUUGUUCCUGGGAACAAUCCCGGCGGUGUUCACAAUGGACAGGUUCGGCCGCCGUGUUUGGGCACAGAAUAUCGUCGUCUUCAUUAUCGGUUUAGUCCUCGUUGGCGUCGGCUAUUUGUACACCAACAAAAGUUACGACUAUUUCCUGGAAAACAAGGCUACCGCUUUAGGCCUUUUUUUCUCCGGGAUCGUUCUAUACAUGGGCUUCUUCGGCGCAUACUCAUGCCUGACAUGGGUCGUUCCUGCAGAGAGCUUUGAUUUUAACACUCGCAGCCAAGGAAUGGCCAUCUGUUCAACUUUCCUCUAUCUCUGGUCAUUCAUUGUUACCUAUAACUUUGACCGGAUGCAAGCGGCAAUGACUUAUACCGGCCUGACGAUUGGAUUCUUCGGUGGUUUGGCCGUCCUUGGCUUCUUCUACCAGUUGUUCUUCAUGCCUGAGACCAAGGAUAAGACCCUCGAGGAAAUCAAUGAGCUGUUCUUGAUGCCAACCAGGAAACUUGUUGGUCUUAACAUACGCAGCGUCGUCAAUCACUGGUCCUGGGCUUUUGGUGGAUUACGCCCCACGCCUGAUAUGAGUGAAGCAGAUAUCGGUUACGCAUCAGACGAAGAAAAACAAAAAAUCGAGAACGCCCAGUAGAGAUAACCAGCAUUUAGUAACUAUUAUUACUACCAAUACACAGAAAC